ACCCUGGAACGGCCUGUAUCCCGGGAAAAGCACAUGAACAUCUGACACCCCUCCCGGUACCUACCUACCUUACCUCGUCUUCUUCCUACUCCUACUACACCACUUACCACUUUCUCUACUCCUACUCCUGACUCUGUCUUGACUCCCGUCCUUGACAGGAUUGUUCUUAUCCGGCACUUGACUUGUCAACACAGAUUGUUAUCUCCUACAGGCGGUUACAUCACUGAACACCCACUGAAGCCACACUUCAACCGAAAAGCCUCCGGCACACCGGUGCGCUGCGUCAUUGGGGAGACAGCCGGAUCCGCUUGCCUUGCCUCGGCUGUAGCGAAGUCACAGAAGCCUCUCUUUCUCUGGGCCCCGGGCCCCCGUACCCGUACCGAGAAAGCCGUUGUUGCCCGCCUCGAGUCCACUCUUGUUGCGUCGUCUUUGCCUUGUGAGCGCCUCAUGCUGCACCUGCACCACUACCACACAACACACCUCAGCCAGCCCAGCUAGAGACAUAGCACCACACCAAUUGGUCCUCUCUGAGCCGCAGUCAUGUCGUGGAAAAAGAGCGAGAAGUUGAUGGACACCAUCAGGCAUUAUGCAAGCUUCCCUGCCACCGGGGUAAGCUUGCGCCAGAUGGUCCAGUUUGGCGAGAAGCCAUCCAGUGGUACCCUAUUCCGCGCCUCACAGUUCCUCGCCGAAGAGCUCCCCAUACGGCUCGCCCACCGCGUCCAGGAGCUCGAGACGUUGCCCGAUGGCCUUAAUGAGAUGCCAUCGGUGAAGAAGGUGGCAGAUUGGUAUGCACAGUCGUUCGAGGAAAUCACAACACUACCAAGACCGAACCUCGCCAGAGAUGUACGAGAGAGAUUAAUGAAGCCCGCGCAAAUAACCGGAGGGAAAGGAAACCAAUGGCUGAGCGAGGCGACACCGAACCCAAGCAUCGAGGAGGGCCAGUACAACUCGUGGACGCCGGUGUCGCAGCAAAACGCCGUCAACAAUGGCUGGUCAAAGGGGAAGUUCCCCGCAACAAGAAGAUACUUCGCUAUGGUCGACGACACGGGAGACUGGCCGCCCGAGCUGCAGCUUUACAACAAGAGGUUCGCCCAGACGCUGCACCGCAUCAAGAGGAGACACGAUAGCGUCGUGACCACCAUGGCGCAGGGCAUCCUCGAGUGGAAGCGCAAGCGGCAACGGAUGCAGAUCGACAACAAUAUCCAGUCAUUCCUCGAUCGCUUCUACAUGUCACGCAUCGGCAUCCGCAUGCUGAUCGGGCAGCACAUCGCCCUGACCGAUCAGAGCCACUACCGGGACCCGUCCUAUGUCGGUAUUAUCUGCACCAAGACGUACGUCAAGGACUUGGCUCAGGAAGCCAUCGAGAACGCGCGUUUUGUCUGCGAGGACCACUACGGCCUGUUCGAGGCGCCCAAGAUCCAGCUCGUGUGCAAUCCUAACUUGAACUUUAUGUACGUGCCUGGGCACCUGUCGCACAUGCUCUUUGAAACGCUCAAGAACUCGCUGCGUGCGGUUGUCGAGACGCACGGCCAGGAUAAGCAGGAGUUUCCCGUCACGAAGGUGAUUGUGGCUGAGGGCAAGGAGGAUAUCACGAUCAAGGUUUCGGACGAGGGCGGCGGUAUACCGCGCAGCUCGAUCCCGCUUGUUUGGACGUACAUGUACACCACUGUCGACAGGACACCAAACCUGGACCCUGAUUUCGACAAGAGCGACUUUAAGGCUCCCAUGGCGGGUUUUGGGUAUGGGUUGCCGAUAAGUCGUCUGUACGCGAGGUAUUUCGGUGGGGACCUUAAGCUGAUCAGCAUGGAAGGCUACGGCACAGACGUCUACCUCCAUCUCAACCGCCUGUCCAGCUCGUCGGAGCCACUCCAAUAGCAACCAGUCGUCAUGAGGGGUGCUAGAACAACAUCCCAAGGAUUGACGCUGCCGAUGCGGUAUAUCAUGCGCAAGCGUCUCAAGAGCCCGGAGCAGCUCGAGGUGACGGAAAGGAGGCAGGUCGGCGACGCCGAGGCUACUAUUAAUCCCAGUGGGGGCGUUGCUGAUAAUGCUUGGUUGAGCGGACGGGGGAGGGACAGUGAGCUCUAGGUGGUGAUCUGGUUCCUUUAGCCCUGUCUGCGAGGCUGUCUGCCAUUUUCGGGGUGGCAUGAUAUUUAUGUUUUCUUUCUUUUUUGGGUAUCAGGGAGAUUUCAUGGAAUGGAAGGGAAGGAGAGGGCGGGGGGGGGCGUUAUAUGGGUGGGAUAUGUUAUCACAAACACACACACAUACACACACACACACACACACACACACAAAACGCUAUAUUUUUAUGGCAUGCAUGGAAGGGGAGUUGAGAGCAGCAAACCAAUGCCAAAGGGGGAGAAAGGAUGGGCGGAAUACGAUUUAAGUCUGCCUUGUCUUGGGACAAGGGGGGGAAGUGUCUUUUUUGUUGAAAGUUUCAUUGAGGGGGGAAGAGUCACUCGCUGAAAUGACUCACCAAAAGAGUGAGAGAGUGAGGGGAAGUUUCAAAGUUUGAAGUCGGAAAGAGAGAGAGGAAAGAGAGAGUAGUAGAAUACCCCUUUUUUAUCUUAUGGUCAUUGAAACAAAGUUGGAUCCCAAAGUUGGCAAGGAGUAGUAGCAAGGUAUAGUAAGGAAGGAAUAUAUGGAAAUAUGAACAAGAAAUAUUUCCACGAUUCUUACAUAACAAAAAUGUGAUGAGUGGAAUCUUGAUA